AAGAAGUCUACAGUCACUGGUCAGUUCGAGGGUGGCGGUAAAGCACCAAGUAAAGCUGUUUGCCAUCCGCCAAGAAAUAUUAGAAGAAGAAGAAGAAGAAGAAGCAAACGAAGAAGAAGAGGUUCGCCCAUUGGACUGGGGCAGUUUGGAGCUGCAAGAUGUAAGUUGUUUUGUGGCUGAAAAGCCUCCAAAAUACCGCAGGCAAGACGAUUUAAUACAAAUUACACCCUCGUAUGUGUGUAUGCAGUUUACCGAGCAGGUAGGCGGUGUGUCAGCCAGGAUAUAAAGUGUUUUAGGAAGGCUGCGCUGGUUAAAGCAUCAUGAGCAGGCCCCCGCCCGACGUCGACGACUUGACUUCUCUCAAAGUGAACAACCUGACCUACCGGACAUCGCCCGAAACCCUCAGACGGGUGUUCGAGAAGUACGGCCGGGUAGGCGACGUCCACAUCCCCAGAGACCCCUACACAAAGGAAAACCGCGGCUUCGCGUUCGUGCGGUUCCACCACAAGCGGGAUGCGGAGGAUGCGUUGGACGCGAUGGACCGCGCGCUGCUGGACGGGCGGGAGCUGCGCGUCGAGAUGGCUCACGUCGAGGGCAUCAAAGUGGACAAUCUCACUUCCCUCAAAGUGGACAACCUGACUUACCGGACAUCGCCCGAAACACUCAAAAUGAUGUUUGAGAUGUACGGCCGGGUAGGGGACGUCCACAUCCCCAGAGACCCCUACACAAAGGAAAGCAAAGGCUUCGCGUUCGUGCGGUUUCACAACAAGCGGGACGCGGAAGACGCGAUGGACGCGAUGGACGGCGCGCUGAUGGACGGACGGGAGCUCCGCGUCCAGAUGGCCCACGGAGGAGGAGGAGGAGGAGGAGGAGGAGGAGGAGGAGGGCGGCGGGUAGGCCAGCCCCGGAGGUACGGGGGUCAUGACCGCAGGAGCAGGAGGUGUGAAAGCUUCACCUCAAACUGUACCUCCAGGGCGGGCAGUGUGACAGAGGGGCAUUUCCCCGAUGACGAAUCCGCCGGGCCAUCGCGGUUAGCGUGGAACGACGGGAGGACUUUCGAGUUCCCCGACCGCCUCAGCCCCACCCCGAAACGAAGGAAACUAAUGGACCUGACCGGCGCCGAGGAUGAAGUCACGGAUCAUCUAUACAACCCUGACAUCAUGCCUGCACAGACACCUCGAGCUUCAAAAAGUCUCGUGCUGCUCGAGAGUCUGGCAGUGCUCGCGGCAGAGAAUGACAUUCUGAGAGAAGAGAAUGAGAAACUGAAAAGACAGCUGGAGAAACAGAAGCAAACUUUUUUCCUUUAGUCAGAUUUCCUUCAAUAUUUCACCGGAUUACCUGACGCUGCCACCGUUGGAAACACUUCAAAUUUGAGCUACAGUAUCAUCCUGACUAGUCGAUCAGUUGCUCCUCACCUUAACGAAGCUGUAACUUAAUUGCAGACGACAUUUCAACGAGGUUUAAUCGUAGCACAACCACAGUAACCAACAUCUUAACCACCAUCAUUGUCUGCUUCACUCAGACAUCCACAGCUGUAGUGCAGGACGCUGCUCAACUGCACUGAGGUUGUCGUCUUUAGCUUUGAGAGGCUUGACACAUGGUUAUUUGUACAGCCAGUACAAAGGACGGAACACACCAGUGACCUGUAUACUGGGAACGCCUCAGACAACUCUAACUGCCUCUACAACCAGGUGAUAUUAUUAAGGCAGACAAGGGCUUCACAGUUCGGGACAUUUUUGCCAGUGAGAGUCUUGUUCACACAGGAGGACGUGAACAAUAACAGACUAAUCUCCAGUGAUGGGACACGUGGAGAAACUGAUAUUUUUAAGCAUUUUGCACCACAUCCAGUAACCAGUUGAACAUUGUUGCUUUAUCUUCUCUUCUUCCUGUUCUUCUGACUUAUUUAUGACUGUUAAUUUUGCAGAAAACUUAUUAAAAAAAAGUAAUACCAGAUAAAUGAAUGUGUUACUCUUC